AUGAGUGAGUCGAAGCAGGAAAGCCUACAGUCUAUCGACUUGCCAGGGCAGGUGUCAGCAGUCACCGAGCAAGACUGGACGCAGUAUGAGGAGGCACGAGCUCGUCGGAAAAUCGAUAGCUCAGUGCUUCCACUAUUGUACUUGGGUCUGCUCGUCUUUCAACUUGACCGCAUGAAUCUCGCAAGUGCCCUCACUGGCGGCUUUGCGAAAGAUAUCGGGGUAAACCAGGACACCAUCAAUCUCGGAAAUCAGCUCAUGUUUCUUGGAAUCGUCAUCCUGGAGAUUCCCUCGAACAUGCUCUUGCAAAAGAUUGGACCGCGCAAAUACAUCUCCAGCCAGGUUAUUCUGUUCGGCUUCGUCGCGACUACACAAAUAUUUCUGGUUGAUCGCAAAGGUUUCUUGGCUUCACGUAUGAUGCUUGGCCUUGCGGAGGCAGGCUACAUUCCAGGGGCUUGCUAUACUCUUUCUACAUGGUACACGAAGAAGGAACUAGCCAAGCGCAUCGCAAUUUUCUUCUUCGGGAUGUUCAGUGGGAACGCCUUGAGUCCCAUAUUAGCAUCGGGUAUCCUGAAGCUAGAAGGCGAGCGUGGCCUUCGUGGAUGGCAGUGGCUUUUCCUGAUUGAGGGCAUAUUCACUAUUUUCGUGGGACUUUCGCUCCUGUUCCUCUUGCCCGGUUCCCCAGACACGCCAGACCCGCUGUUAAGCCCAGGCCUCGUCCGAUUCAAAGGCUCAGAGAAGAGUAUCAUACAAAAGCGCCUAGAGAUGGAUGACAAAGAGAAGCGAGGAGGUGCGCAAGGAAUGAUAAUUUCUCCAAAGCUCGUAUUGAACACUGUUCUGCACUGGAAGCGAUGGCCACAUUUCCUAAGCAGUUUUGCUGUCUUCUCUACCUGGAGCCCUCUGACCACUUACACACCUACCAUCAUUAUGAAUCUCGGCUUCAACCGCAUCCAAGCCAAUGCCCUUGCCGCGGUGGGCGCAUCACUCGCUCUAGUUGUCGUCUUCAUUUUUGCCUACAUCAGCGACAGGACCAACAAGCGUGGAUUCUCUGUGAUUGUGGCCCAGUUUUGUUAUCUACUUGUCUUGGUCGUUGCGCGUACGGCACACCCUCAUGUCGGCAAGUGGUCCCGCUGGGGGCUCUGGACAGCUGUAAACAGCUUCGCGGUUGGCUAUCACCCUGUCAACAACUCAUGGGUGCAACUCAACUGUAAGGAGCCAGGCGAAAGAAGCAUCAGUAUCGCGAUGUGGGUGAUGCUCUCUAUCAGUGGAUUGAUGGUGGGUACGCAGUAUUAUCGUGGGAAUGAUGCCCCAUUUUACCAAACGGGACUGAGGACACAGAUAAUCAUGGUCUCAGUGGGAAUAGCAUUUGCGAUUCUUCAGGUUGUAAUCUACACAGUUCACAACAAAAGGGUGGCUCAAGGAAAGCACAAGCCCCGUGAUGGUGAAGCGCCGCGGAUCUAUGUGACGUAAGUAGCUACUAGAUUGAAAGCGAUCUAUCGCAAAAAAGGAUCCAAAGAGCUGGAAGGUAAAGCUGGUUCAAAUUCGCAUAGAGACCUUCAAACUGGCAAGCAAAGAAGAAUGCAGAUAAGGGAUGUGGACUCACACUCCUUUUACGUUUCUCUUUCUUUUGAAUCUGAAGAUGUAAAUGUUUGGAGUAUCUAAUACCAUCAAAGAAG